AUAUAUUUAUGGUCCCUGACUUCAUGUAAACAAACAUGAUGGCCGCUCUUACUUGGACAAAAUUACGAAGUGUACACAGAUAUUUUGGUUACAGUAGCUUAAUCAGAGCUUGUAUUCGAUAUUAUCAAAAGCAUGAGAAUUUUCGCAUAAUUAGUGAAUGUAACAAUGGGUUUAUUCAGCCUGUCAAUGUACUUUACACGAGAAGAAGUACUGCGAGAUAUAAUGCCUAUACCUCAGAAUCGCGGAAUUUUACAACUUCAGCAUCAAGGGAACGUCAGCUGGUAUUGGGCAUUGAGACAAGCUGUGAUGACACAGGUGCCUCUGUAGUUGAUGAUAAAGGAGCGGUGCUUGGUGAAGCAUUAAACACUCAACAGAAAAUACAUUUGAUGUAAUGUUUUAUUUUGAAAGGCAUGGUUAGGCCAGUGGCCCGACGUUUGCAUGCAGAAAAUAUUGAAGAGGUUGUCACCACAGCCUUGAAGAGAUCAGGAGUCUCACUGGAGGAAAUAGAUGCAGUUGCUGCAACAGUUAAACCAGGAAUGCCCCUCUCCCUCGUUGUUGGUACCGAAUAUGGGAAACAGCUAGCAUUGAAUGCAAGAAAACCAUUUAUACCAAUUCAUCAUAUGGAAGCACAUGCACUUACUGUCCGUAUGGUAGAGCAGGUUGAGUUUCCGUUUCUGGUUUUGUUAGUAUCAGGAGGCCAUAGUUUGUUAGUGUUGGCUCAUAGUGUUGACAGGUGGUCAAUUAUUGGUCAAACUGUUGAUGAUGCACCUGGAGAAGCACUUGAUAAGGGCGCUCGGCGGCUGAAGUUGCGCAACAUUCCAGAGUGCUCAUCCAUGUCCGGUGGUCAAGCUAUUGAACAUUUGGCUAAAGAAGGAAACCCCCGGGCCUAUGAUUUUCCAACACCAAUGUGGAAGUAUAGGGACUGUACCUUCAGCUUUGCAGGUCUAAAACACUCACUAUUGAAACUGAUCACAAAGUUAGAGGAAGAGUAUGAGGUUGAGGGUGGAAAUAUUAUUCCACCAAUCAGAGAUGUAUGUGCAUCAUAUCAAUAUGCUAUAACCAAACAUCUAGUCCGGCAGACUCAAAGAGCUAUGGUCUACAACGACAUCCGUGGAUUACUUCCUAAGGAGAAUUUGAAACUGGUAUUGUCUGGAGGUGUGGCCUGCAAUAACUACAUUCGUAGUGCUCUCCAAAAAUUAUGCGAAACAACAGGUUACCAGCUUCUAUGCCCUCCACCUAGAUUAUGCACAGAUAAUGGAAUUAUGAUUGCAUGGAAUGGUAUGGAAAGGUGGAAGGCUCAGUCAGGGGUUAUCUAUGAUGAAGAGGCGAUAAAAAACAUUGACAUCAAAGCAAAAUGUCCUAUUGGAGUGGAUCUGACAGAAGAUGUUCGUAGUCUGGGAAUUAAAAUUCAAAAGUGGGUCAAAUUUAGAUGAUGCUAAUAGAACAUUGUAAUUUUUUUUAUUCUUUUCCAUUUAGGUGUAUUGAAAAAAGUAGGAAGUUUGUUUUAAAGGUAGGAAGUUUGUUUUAAAGAACAAUAUAAAAGGAAUAUUAAUACCAACUGUUUUGUAUUUUUUUGAGAUGGAUACUAAGAAUUAACAGCAAUAAAGUUCAUUUGACGGUUUUAAGUCAAACCAGAUUUUUUGUUGUUUUUGAUGUUUAUAAUGAAAUGAAAUUGUUUUAAAGAUAUAUUGUUUAAAUUUUUAAAUGUUACUACAAGAAAGAAAUUUGAUAUUAAAAUGAAAUUACUGUUAUUCUUUGAGAUGAAAUUGCAUUAUGUAGUUUGUAAAAUUGUUUGAAUUUCUUUGCUCUGUUCAUUGUUAGCGAAAUAAACGUCAUGA